GUCCAACACUAGUAUUCUCUACACGCCGUUUUGUUGUGAUAUCGUGUGAUGGUAGAAAAUCGUGAAAAACGCGAAGAAAACUCAAUGGAGGUGGAGAGGAAAAACCUCUCACACCUUCAUACAGUGAGGUUCUACAAUUUGCCACCUCGAGGAAUUACGUGUAUGGCCUAUAAUGCUGAACAGAAGAAACUGGCUCUUUCGAGGUCAGAUGCGUCAAUAGAAGUGUGGAGUGUGUCUGCAACGCCAUUUAUGGAGAGAGUCAUAUUUGGAGCUCCUAAUGCUUCUAUAGAGGCUCUGGCGUGGGUCAAUGGUGCCUUGUUGAGUGCAGGACUUUCCGGAGAGAUUGUGUACUGGAAUCUGCGAAAGCUGGAACCACAGCAGAGUCUGAUGGUUACAGGAAGUUCUGUGUGGUGUCUAGAUGUGCAUAAGAAUGUUGUUGCGGCGGGAACUGAGGAAGGGUACCUGAAUAUUUGUCGCAUGGAGGAUGAUUUUCUGGCUUAUGAGCGGAUGUUCGAUCGACAGGAGGGCAGAAUUCUCUGCUGUCGCUUCUCUCCGACCGGGGAGUACCUGGCCACGGGAUCCAUGGAUGCGGUGAGAGUGUGGAAUGUGCAGAAUGGACAUGCUUUGCACCGGAUGACGCUCGUCAGAGUGGAGAAGAGAAAAGAAAUUGUCGUCUGGGCGAUAGAAUACCUGCCGGAUGAUGUCGUGGUAUCUGCAGAUUCUUCGGGGAAGAUCACCUUCUGGGAUUCCAAGCUAGGAUGCCAGACAGAAAGCUAUCAGGCACUGAAAGCUGAUGCUUUGUGCUUGGCGAAGAGUGAAGAUUCCUCUAGAAUCUUUAUUUCAGGCACAGAACCUGUGAUCAGGACUUACACACUCACGGCGAUGAAGAAGGACAAUCAAGUAGUGAAGAAGUGGGUAAAAUCUGUUGAGAAAUACCAUCACUCUCACGAUGUGAAAGCCCUUUCUGUGGCGGAAAAUCAUCUAUUCUCUGGCGGAGUCGACAGUCAUCUGGUGAUCUCAGCUUUGACUACUACGAGAACAGCGAAAUUCGCUCCUUUCCUGCGGCAAACAUCGGGAGAAGUGACGGAGAAUCGUCUGCUUCUGUUGCGCUAUCUUAAUCAUGUGGAAGUAUGGCAAUUGGCGUCUUUGGACAACACGCAAGAGCUUCAGAAGCUCCUGGAAGUGCAGAGCCGCGACCAGGAAGCUAUUGUGAGCUCCUCUUUGUCGCCAUCGGGAGAAAUUCUGCUCUAUUCCACCGAUACACAGAUUAAGAUGUUUCAGUUCGACUCUAGCACGAGACCGGCUCUUCUCACGCCCCUCAGAAUCACGGCGGAGCAGUUUUCACCAUGUCUUCACGCCUUUUUCGCCCGGGAUUCUAAGACACUCGUGUUGGUCAAGGCUUCAGGACAAGUUGACGUGUUUACCAUUACAAGUCAGAUGGAUUUGGAUCACGUUCAGACCAUUGAGACGCACAAGUAUAUCAAGGAUGUCAUUCACUUGGCAUGUUUCGACGGCAGAUUUCUUGUUCUGGUUGGGUUGUGCAACAGUGUUGUCGUGUGGCGAUUUGAAAAGACGACCAAGAGAUGGAAAAGACACAUAAAUUUGCCCAAAUACACGAAUCCUCCGACGGCGAUGUGUAUUCAUCCCGCUUCGACGCGUCUUGUGGUGGUUUAUCUCGAUGGGAAGAUGAUUGAGUAUGACUUGGAAGAGCUGCAGUUCACAUUUUCCGUUCAUAUAGCCGAAGAGGCGCUCCAGAGACCGAUAAGCAAUAUUGCUUUGGAUCCUAGAAAUCAGGAUCUCUACAUUCUUCAAGACGAGAAUUCAAUCUUCAGCAUCAGGAAACUUCAAGAGGACGAAAAUGCGACCGAAGAUGGCCAGAAUCAAGGAAAGAAAAGUAGAAACACAUCGGAUUCUAAUGAGCAGAGAAAAUUCUCUAAGAAAAUCAUCAGAGAAGCGAAGCACUUGGCGUUUUUGGCUUGGUUAGGAGACGAAGAGUUGGUGGCUGUGGAAAUUUCCCCAGAUUCCUUCCUGGAACAAUUGCCAGCACCACUCAAAAUUAAGAAGUUCGGCACAGGAUAAGUUAAUAUAUAUUUUUUAUUAACGCA